GCCCGUGUCACAAAAUAGUUGUGAGACAAGGUUCACGUCAGUCAUGCUGGUUCUAGCGAAGUUGCUGCUUUUCGAAACAGCACUAGCUAUUUCUUCGAAUACACCUUGCACCAACUGUGACGGUAACAACGUGACCUGUGUUGACGGUGUGUGUCUACCUCGUUGUGUCAGCGUGACGUCAUCGGGACAGUGUCUCCAGUGUCUGGACUCCAGCUUCUAUGGUAAACACUGUGAACAUGACUGUCCAGACACCUGUCUCAACUCUCGCUGUCAGAUAAACAACACCCGUGUUGCGUGUGCAGAGGGAUGUGUGGCCGGCAAGAAGGGAGAUAACUGUGGAGUGAACUGUGAUGCUGCCUGUACACAGUGUGAACGUUUUGGUGUUGACUGCGUGGGUCCAUGUCAGAAUCCUCGGUUUCACGGUCCCAUGUGUAGGACGAAAUGUCCUUCCAUAUGUACAGAUGGGUGUGACAAAGAAACAGGGGAGUGUGACAGAUGUGACUCUGAUCACAUAGGAAGUAGUGAAGAGAUGUGUCUCAGAUGCGGGCCUCAGUUCCUCUACUGUGACGGACACUGCUUCCACUGUAUAGGCGACAACUGUCACAACACACCUGUGGGACACGAUACACAUACCACACGCUACAGGUUAUUGCAGGAAUUCUGGGCGUGGUUGUACUUAUUGGAUCAACAUGUGUUGUGGUCAAUCUUGCAAGACGAAAGGCCCAAUGCCGAAAAAGAAAGACCACCAAAUCCACAGUGAACGAGAGGAAUGGUACCAACCGCGAUGGCCGUGAUUAUUGGGCACAGAACUACUGGGAAAUACACGAUAAAGACACAGAUAUCAAUUCGUAUGUAAGCAUUUUGUCUCUCAAUGGACACACAGUGACCAAUGUUAAUGAAAAUGACGUCAUAAGGAAGGAAAUGUCCACUGCUCAACAACCUCCUCCCUCUGUCCCACUGGUCAUGCAGUCUGAAACAAGAUCCAACUGGGUAAAGGAAACUCGUGACUCCUGUUUCAAGCAUGGUGGACUGGACAUGAAUCCAAAGGCGAACCUGACAGAAGACGAUGAACCUGACAAUGCAUCUGAUGGUAGAGAAGUUCACCAUCCUUUUUUGUGGAAGUCUUCCUCACUUUCGGACUUGUUUGAAUCAAGGAAGAAACUGGUCCAUGAUAGGUGUAAUAUCAGUCUUAGCUGCUUAUCCACUAACACACAACGAUUGGUCAGGAAGACCAAUUCAAUCGUAUCAAUAGAGCGAAACUGCGACUUGUCACAAGUGUAUGUGCGAUAUCUCACACCCGGAAAAGUUGCCAUUCAGUCUGACAACAUGACUAAGUAAUGAUAUAUAAAGCUUGGUGAUUAUGUUAUUGAAUAAACAAUGAUUUAACAACUAAAGUCCAAAGAAAAUUGUAUCCAUGUUUUGUAAUUCUGGUGGUUCAUCCUGGUUACAAACAAAGUAGAGAUAUAUUUCAACUGUUUCUAGCUAAAUAUUCUAAUAUAUUGUACAGAUGAUAUAUUUUAUAGAAAAGCUGUUUCGUUAUUUUCUUCCGCCUUGUAAAUAAGAUGAGAAACAAACCUCUCCCUGUGUCGUUGUUUUCUAAUAUGAAGUAUCACUUAAUGCAAGCCACUGUAUAUAUACACAACUAAACAUAUGUUGUUAUCAUGCAUAUAUUAUCUAUGUCUCUGAAUAAAUGUUGGACUUCUGUCA